CAAAGAAGAGAAGGAAUGGAGGAGAAAGGAAAACAAGCUCUCCAAUCUCCUCUAAUUCCCAAUCAGGAGGAAAUAAGCAUUGAGUUUAGUGGAGAAAUGAGUCAAGCAAGCGGCUGGACAGAAGAGGUUGUUGCAGAAGUGAAGAAGCAAGUAGGGUUAGCAGGGCCUCUGAUAGCAGUUAGCCUGUUACAGUACUGUUUGCAAAUGAUUUCGAUCAUGUUUGUGGGUCAUCUCGGAGAGCUUGCUCUCUCUGGUGCAUCCAUGGCUACAUCCUUUGCAUCAGUGACCGGUUUUGAUUUGUUGUUAGGAAUGGGAAGUGCAUUGGAGACACUAUGUGGGCAAGCAUAUGGAGCAAAACAGUAUCAUAUGCUAGGAGUUCAUACGCAGAGGGCAAUGUUGAUCCUCUUAGUUAUAAGCAUUCCUCUUGCCUUCAUCUGGUCCUACACAAGCCACAUUCUUAUAACCCUUGGCCAAGAUGUCGAAAUAGCGAUCGAAGCAGGAAAGUUCAUUCUCUGGAUGAUCCCAAGCCUUUUUGCCUAUGGUCUCCUUCAAUGCAUUAUCAGAUUUUUACAAACCCAAAACAUUGUCUUUCCUAUGAUGAUCUGUUCUUUAAUCACAGCUACUCUCCACAUCCUUAUUUGUUGGAUUCUAGUGCUUAAAAUCGGCCUUGGCAACAGAGGUGCAGCCUUGGCAAACACCAUCUCUUAUUGGAACAAUGUGCUAUUGUUAGUGCUUUAUGUUAACUUCUCUCCUACUUGUAUGAAGACGUGGACAGGCUUUUCAAAAGAAGCCUUGCAUGAUAUUCUCGAUUUUCUAAAGCUAGCUAUUCCUUCAGCAAUUAUGAUUUGCUUUGAAUAUUGGUCCUUUGAGAUGGUGGUUCUACUAUCUGGUCUUCUUCCUAAUCCAAAGCUAGAGACGUCUGUUCUAUCUAUAAGCCUUAACACAUGUUGGAUGGUCUAUAUGAUCUCUGUUGGUCUUGGUGGUGCUAUAAGUACAAGAGUUUCAAAUGAAUUGGGGGCCGGGCGCCCACGUGGCGCGCGUCUAGCAAUAUAUGUUGUGUCUGCUAUUGCCUUGACUGAGGGUCUUAUAAUAGCAACAGCUACCAUCUCUGUACGUGGUGUUUGGGGCAGAUUGUACAGCAAUGAAGAAGAAGUGAUCAGUUAUGUGGCAAAUAUGAUGCCAUUGCUUGCAUUGUCUGACUUCUUGGAUGGAAUUCAAUGUGUGCUCUCAGGGGCUGCUAGAGGGUGUGGUUGGCAAAAUAUUUGUGCAUGGGUGAACCUUGGGGCUUACUAUGUUGCGGGAAUUCCUUCAGCUAUAGUCUUUGCUUUUGUCUUACAUGUUGGAGGAAAGGGGCUUUGGAUGGGAAUCAUUUGUGCUCUUUCUGUGCAAGUUGUGAUGCUUCUUAUCAUAAUUCUAUGCACUAAUUGGGACAAAGAGGCAAGCAAAGCUGAAGCUAGGGUUUACAGCUAUGGCAAUAACACUGACGUGGCAUCAUAAAUUUGCCUUCUAUUUAUGGGCAUCAAGGACUGGGUUAGAUCCUGGUUCUUUGUUAUCAUUUGUAAAGCCUUUGAAAUGCAUACAAAGGUUCCAUCUAGUAACAUUUUUAGUAAUGGAUACAAUGGGCAAGGUUUUUGUAAGAAAUUCCCAAACAAUUGGAAUUGUAAGAUUAUGCUGAAUUAGCUAACAAUCAGAAGCACAAUUGAUGUUUUAUACAAAAUACAUUCAUGAUGACUCUA